UCCACACCAUCUUUGCUUGAGCGGCAUGUCAUCUCCGAAGCGCCCACCUAUUAUUGAGCCUCCAACUGAGGAUCCCGAUUUUAUUGGUUACGCUCAGGCUGCCGGAGCACGGGGAUAUGGGGCUAUCCCGGGAUCUCCCUCUAGCGCCCCGCCCAUCUUUGUCGCCCCACCGGCGUACUUGAAUGACAAUGACUUGCCAGAUGACUUCAAAUAUGGUGUUUCGGUUGCCAAUGCGGAUCUUGCCAUUCGCCUCGCAUUUGUCAGAAAAGUUUAUACCAUCCUCGCCUGCCAACUCGGUUUGACCGGUGCGGUAUCCGCCCUUUUCAUGACAAAUGAAACGGUGAAGCAAUGGGUGCAAACCAACAUAUGGGCAAUGUAUCUUUCAUGGCUCGCGACGUUUGGCGUCCUGUUUGCUUUGAUAGUCAAGCGUAGAUCUCAUCCAGUCAACUUGUGGCUCUUGGGGCUCUUCACCCUCCUGGAAGCAUAUUCGAUCGGCACUGUCGUGUCAUUUUUUGACUCUGUUACAGUGCUACAAGCCGUUGUCUUGACUUUUGCGCUAUUUGUGGGGUUGACGCUCUUCACACUGCAGAGCAAGUAUGACUUUUCUUCAUGGGGCCCCUUCCUUUUUGGCACACUUUGGGUGAUCAUUAUAGGAACAUUCAUUCAAAUCUUCUUGCCAUAUAACUCAACCUUCAACCUCAUUAUUGCCGUUGCGACUGCCGUUUUGUUUUGCGCGUUUAUUGUUUACGACACGCAAGAGAUUUUUACCAAGCUAAGUCCCGAAGAAUAUAUUGCAGCGGCUGUGGAGCUCUACCUGGACCUCAUCAAUUUGUUUUUGGCGAUCCUCCGUAUUUUGGACGCGCGUGACUGAACAGUCAUCAAAGUGCAUUCUUUGCGCUUCAGUUGACAGCCCUCAUGGACUAGCAAUCUCCGGCAGUACGAGCGAGAGUAAUCCUGUAUAUUUGUAUUUUUGUAUCUGUAUUUUGGAUCUGAUUCUGAACAUGGCCACGUGUCCCUCAUAUGACUUGUCGGACGCUAUGGCAACAGUUCCGGUUUUUAUUCUUCUUGCAUUUUCACAUGGCCGCGUCGUCCUCGUCUCGCCUUCGCCCUCGCUUCACAGCCGUGCACAGCUGUGGGCGGGUUUCCUCCCCUCGCUCAUGCAAACGAGAUACCGCUAGAGUGAAGUACAAAUGUGCAUGUAAGUUUGCGUUAUGCAUCCCUCAACCCCUUUGGACACCGCCCAAAGACACUGCGAAAAGUGAUGAGUUUAGUCGAAACAAAAAUGAUAGGAAUAGCCGUCAGAUGGUCCCACGACCGGUUGAUGUACAAAAAUCACUCUGAAACCGUUGACGUCUUUUUGAGAUUGGGAAUGGGGGGACGACAGGGAUGAGGCUUGAUAAGGCAUAGCAUCGAUCUGAUCCUCUUUGUCCUACAGGUCAUGGCGACGGGGUUGAAUGCUGUGCUGGUGGUGACCUUCAGUUUCUUCAAGGUGGUGAAUGAGAUGAGAAAGAAAAUGGUUUGUUCUUGUUCAUUUGGUUUCCAAGUUAAUUUGCAUAGAUAGUUCCUUUAUUGCAUAUGUAUACUGUUUACAAAUACGAUACAAAUAAUGUACAAA